AUGGUGUAUUUGCUGCUGAUAUUUACAAGUGUGGUAUGUACAAUACUUGCCAAAAACCACACAGAUUCAGACAAACUUAUCUUAGGCCAGUUUCCAGAUGAGUUCGCGUUUGGUGUGGCUACAUCAGCAUAUCAAGUUGAAGGAGCUUGGAAUGAAGAUGGUAAAGGAAAGAGUAUAUGGGAUGUAUUUUCACAUACACCUGGUAAAACAGUAAACGGUGAAACUGGUGAUGUCUCUAUUGAUCAAUAUCAUAAAUAUAAAGAAGAUAUUCAGAAUAUUAAAUGGCUCGGGGUUACUCACUACAGAUUCUCAAUAGCAUGGACUCGACUGUUACCAGAUGGUACUACAAACAACGUUAGCCAGAAAGGUAUAGAUCAUUAUAACGAUGUUAUCAACGAGCUGUUGAAAUAUAACAUCACCCCGUUCGUCACGUUAUACCAUUGGGAUUUACCACAAGGUCUUCAGGAUCAUGGUGGAUGGGCUAGUGACACUGUUAUUCAGCAUUUCGCAAAUUAUGCAGAUUUAUGUUUCAAAUCGUUUGGAGACAGGGUUAAAAACUGGAUAACAUUUAAUGAACCGUUUAUAACAUCUUGGAUGGGACAUGAAAAUGGUGAAAUGGCUCCUGGUAUUAAAGAUUCAGCUGUUAUGUAUAAAGUAGCUCACAAUCUCAUUAGAUCCCAUGUAGAAGCUUAUUAUUUAUAUAAUAAAACUUAUAAACACGUACAGAAAGGUCAAGUUGGUAUUACCCUAGAUUCGGAAUGGAAAGAACCAGUUACAGAUAGUGAGAGGAACCAAGCAGCAGCACAACGAGCUUUAACUUUUAGAAUUGGGUGGUUUGCUGAUCCAUUGAUCUUUGGGGACUAUCCAGAUCUGAUGAAAGUGAUGAUUGCAUUGAAGAGUAACGCUCAGGGACGAACUACAUCUAAACUUCCACAAUUUACUCAGACGGAAAUAACCAGAAAUAAAGGAACGGUAGAUUUCUUUGGAAUAAACCACUACAGCACAAAUAUCGUAGAACAUCAAAAUAUCGAUAACACGAUAAAUGGAUUUUUUAACGAACAAAAUGUCAAAAAAUGUGGUGUUCUUAACCCUAUUUGCUCUAAAUAUGUAAUGUUUAGGAAUUAUGCAUGGGGAUUAAGAAAACUGAUGAAUUAUAUGAAGAAGACAUAUGGACAUAUUAACAUCUACGUCACUGAAAAUGGACUAGCAGAAUGUGGAACAACAUGGGAUCAACAAAGAAUAGACUACAUCAAAUAUUAUACCAAUAACUUGUUAGAAGCUAUAAAUGAUGGAUGUCCUAUAAAGGGAUAUUUCUUGUGGAGUUAUUCCGAUUCCUAUGAAUGGAAUUCAGGAUAUGGUGUUAAAAUGGGGUUAUUCUAUGUAGACUUCACUCAGCCCGAACUACCCAGAUUUCCAAAAGCAUCGGCUUACUUCUACCAGAAACUGUGUAAAGCGAAAGGGUUUACUCAAGAAAUUCUAGACUUCAGAGUCAGUAAGUGA